AUGGCAAAGAGAAGAACCAAGAAGAGAACUCAUGUACAGCAGCCACCAGAGGAUCAGAAACAGAUCCCGAAGUCGAUGGUGAUACGAGUGGGACAAACGUCGCUUUCGAACCACUCGUUGAAUCAAUUGGUCAAGGACUUCCGUCAGAUCAUGCAACCGCACACUGCAGUGAAAUUGAAAGAGAGAAAAUCGAAUAAAUUGAAGGAUUUUGUGGUUAUGUGUGGACCUCUUGGUGUGUCGCAUCUAUUCAUCUUUACACAGUCUGAGAAAACGGGGAACGUUUCUUUGAAGAUUGCCAGAACUCCUCAAGGUCCGACUAUCACAUUCCAGGUCGAGAAUUACUCUUUAAACAAGGACGUUAAGAAGUUUUUGAAAAGGCCCAAGUCUCUGAACAAUGAAGAUUUGCUGCAACCUCCCUUGUUGGUCCUGAACGGCUUCAAUACAAUGAGAAACAAGAAGGAAGGUGCCAGUGAUAGUGAUGAAGCAAACGUGGAGAAAGUGGUGGUCUCUAUGUUCCAGAACAUUUUCCCGCCAUUGAACCCGGCACGAACUCAGUUGAACUCCAUAAAGCGUGUAUUCAUGAUCAAUAAAGACCAGGAGACUGGAGAAAUUUCGAUGCGUCACUAUUCUAUCGAUAUUAGAGAAGUGGAGAUAUCAAGGAACUUGAAAAGGCUAUACAGAGCCAAGCAAAAGCUUAACAAAGCCGUGCCGAAUCUCUACAGGAAAGAGGAUAUAUCGUCAUUGAUUCUGGACCACGACGUUGGCUCAUACACCUCGGAAUCUGAAGUCGAAGACGAGUCCAUAGUGAAGGUCGUCGAUAGGAAGGAUAUCAAGGCACGCAGACUAACCAAUAAAGAGGCAGAUGCUGACAUAGCAACAUCUGACCAGCCAGCAGAGCCACUGGUCACGCCAAAGAAGAAAGCGGUCAAGCUGACGGAGUUGGGACCCAGGCUGACAUUGAAACUGGUCAAAAUAGAAGAGGGAAUUUGCUCCGGGAGAGUGUUACAUCAUGAGUUCGUUAAGAAAACUAGUGCUGAAGUCAAAGCACUGGAGAAGAGGCAUAUGGAGAAGAUGAGACUGAAAGAGCAGAGAAGGAAAGAACAAGAGGCAAACAUAGCUCAAAAGAAAGCUGCGAAGGAAGCAAAGAAGCAAAGAAAACUGGAGAGAAGAAAGGCAAGACAACAACUGGCGUCCAGCCACGAAGACGGGGAUAAUUCAGAUGUGUCGAUGGGAGAAGAUGAAGAAAGCGGAAGCGACAGCGAGAGCGCCAGCGAUAACGAGCGGUACAAUGAUCUUCCUGAAGACCUGGACAGUGAUUUGUUCAGUGAAGUUGACGAGUAG